AUGAAGAUAAAAAUAACUCCAAAAAUUGCUAUCACGUUUAUAAAAGUGAUAGUUGCUUUGUCCUUUUCGUGGCCACUUUCAAAGAAUGCUAGUAAAUUACAAAUAAUAUGCUUCAAAAUUUCACGUUCUUUGCUUUGUAUGAAUGCAGUGGUAUUAAGUGUGCCUGUAGCGUACACUAUUUAUCGUAAUGACUUUGAUCUACCGAGGAUAAUGAAACUAUGGUGUUUAUUGGGUGCGUUUAUACAAAUCCCUCUGGAGAUAACACAAUGCGCACUGCAAUAUGACAGAUUGCAAUAUUUGGUUUCGGAAAUGGAGCAUACUUUCGAAAGCGCGGAAUCAUUUGAGAAAGAGAUUUAUCAACGGUACAUUGAUAAAUGUGCAACAUUUUACGCAAGCUCCACGGCGGCAGUUUUUCUCUGUGCAGUUAUAGCAAUGAUGAUGCCACUGAUAGAAACCGAUCAGAUUUUUCCGACAGAUGCAAAGUAUCCUUUCAAUGUGGAACAUGAACCGGUGAAGAGUAUUAUCUUUAUACAUCAGUGUAUCGCUGUUUGGCAAUGCUUCUCCAUUGUUGGCCUCGGUGUCUUUAUCGCUCUUCUUAUAUGGUUUGCCGCGGCACGUUUCGAAAUAUUAUCACAUCAAUUUCGUAUGGUCACCGACAUUUAUGGCAUCACUGUAUGUAUACGGCAACAUAUAAAAUUACUGAGAUACGCUCAAGAAGUAAUAACUGCAUUUCGUUCAGUAAUAUUAUCAAUAAUUAUUAUUUGUACAUGGGCAAUUAUAGCUAGCGGUCUAACAAUUGUAAGCCAAAGUACGUUAAAAGACAAAAUACAAUUUCUGACUUUAUGUAUAUCCGCACUCAUGGAAGUUUAUGUAUGUGCUUGGCCAGCCGAUUACUUAAUAGAUGCGAGUACCAGUAUUGCGCAAGCAGUUUACGAAUCGUUGUGGUAUAAUCAAGACAAGAUUUUUCGAAAAAAUUUAAAUUUUAUCUUGUUAAGGAGUCAAAUACCAACAACCAUCUCUGUUUCUAUCCUUCCAGCUUUAUCAUUACAAUAUUACGCUUCGGUA